UCCUCCAGCUGUAAUAGGGAUCUCUAAAUUUUUGGUUGCAAAGUUGGGAAGUACAUAUUCACUAUAUUCAUCGUUGAUACAUGUAGAGUUACUGCAUAUUAAUUUGUUAGAAUAGUAUAUGGCAGUACUUCCCCUCAUUUGACCAGGGCUGCAGACAUGAAUGCCUCUGUAUCCAGCUUCUUCAUUCAUCAGAAGCAUUACAUUUGAUUGAUCAACACACAGUGGCUUAUCUAUAGAGUCACCUGCUAGCACCAUCAGCCAGUGGAUUGGAUGUGCACACCCUGCCUAUAGUCACCUGCUUGCAGGUGCUCCAGCUUUCUUCUGACUGUGGAGCACAUUUUACCUAUACGCCCAAGAUUUCCGCAUUUUUGCUUAAUUUGUGGUUGCUAUUAUUAUCGAGGUACAUGUAUGGACCUCCAGGGAUUUUUUUUUUUUUUUUUUUUGACAUUUACAUAAAUUGAAAAUGCAAAUGAAAUGGCAGUUAUUUUGACUUGGUGAGAUAAUUCAGUAAUUGUGUAUUUUGUUCAUAUUUUUAUUUUUAUUUUAUUAUUAGAUGUUUUAUGUGUGUUGUGUGCUGAGUUUUAUUGCCAAGAUUGCCAGGUAAAAUCACUCUUCAAAUAUUAAAACUGCCAUAGUAGUGUUCUAAAGUUUAUUAAUAAAAGUGGUAAAUGCACUGUAUUUGUAUCUACACUUAAUGGCAACAAGUGUCACAAAGUAGAGUGUUAGAACUCAAUAUCUUAAGCUUAUAUUGUCGUCCUGGCAAAGUUACUCAUUAUGUGAGGUAUUACAUAAGCAGUGUAAUCUAGAGUACUAGAACUCAUCUAUUUAAAAGGAAGUACACAUGUUAAAUAACAGUAAGUUUAAGAUAAGAUCAGUGUGUACAAGCAAGUCAAGUAUAUAGCAUUGAGUAUGAUUCAUUUUGGAUGGUAUUUAUUUUUUUAAUAAUUUUGAGAAGCUUAAAACAAAUGUAAUUAAAUGUGUGGUAUUUUAUAAAUCAGAUUUUCCAAAUUUCUGCUUCAGCUUAUUUAGUUGUAUUUUUUUAUAUGAUGGUACAUACUGUACCAUCAUUCUUCAAGUACUGUAUGUUGCUGGUAGUUUACAAAACCCUAGUUUCUAAUGCAUAUAUUUAGUGAAAUUUUACUACCAUUAGACUUUGAUAAAAACAUUAACACUUUAAAAAUUAAAACUUAACAACUUUAUGAACUACACUCACUACAACAACUUUGAACUACACUUAUUACAGCAACUUUGAACUACACUUUAACACAACAACUUUGAACUACACUUUAACACAACAACUUUGAACUAUACUCAUUACAGCAACUUUGAACUACACUUAACACAACAACUUUGAACUACACUUUAACACAACAACUUUGAACUACACUUUAACACAACAACUUUGAACUACACUUAACACAACAACUUUGAACUACACUUUAACACAACAACUUGAACUAUACUCAUUACAGCAACUUUGAACUACACUUAACACAACAACUUUGAACUACACUUAACACAACAACUUUGAACUACACUUAACACAACAACUUUGAACUCACUUAACACAACAACUUUGAACUACACUUAACACAACAACUUUGAACUACACUUAACACAACAACUUUGAACUACACUUAACACAACAACUUUGAACUACACUUAACACAACAACUUUGAACUACACUUAACACAACAACUUUGAACUACACUUAACACAACUUUGAACUACACUUUAACACAACAACUUGGAACUACACUUAACACAACAACUUUGAACUACACUUAACACAACAACUUUGAACUACACUUUAACACAACAACUUUGAGCUACACUUAACACAACAACUUUGAACUACACUUAACACAACAACUUUGAACUACACUUAACACAACAACUUUGAACUACACUUAACACAACUUUGAACUACACUUUAACACAACAACUUUGAACUACACUUAACGCAACAACUUUGAACUACACUUAACACAACAACUUUGAACUACACUCAACACUCACUGCAUGAAAGUUCAAGAAAAGUUAAUGUUUGUGAUAAAUUAUUUGAAAAACAAGUUUUUUUGGAUAUUUAAGCACCCUCUAAACUUUUGAUGUUAAUAUAAUUUCAACCUAAAGGAUGUCACUGUACAACAUAAGUGAAUUUUUCACUAUGUGAACUUCAUACAUCUGCUAAUUUAUUUCGCUAAAACAUGUCGUUGUCUUUAUUUUCUAUCAUUUUGCGUAAAUGUCAUUUUAAUGACAGUUAAAUGUGUCUUCCAGACAUUUGUUACAAAAGUAAAUUUAUAUCUGAACUGUCAAGAGCUCUUCAUGUGAGGUAAAAUUGUCGGGCUUUUCAAAUUGUUUAUAAAUAUCUGGCUUAUGAACAAAUAAAAUUACACAGAAACCCAAUCUGUAAUAAGUGUUUAAAAUUAACUAAAUAUUCGUUUUAAAUAAAAUAAACCUUUGUUUAAAAUAAUUUUUUGGUGGAAAGAUAUACAACUUCGUACAAAAGAUAAAUCAUAUCAGUGUUUGUUGUUUCUACAAAACUUAAGAAAAAUUAUUCACAUACAGGAACAUAUAUUGGAAAUAAGUCACUUACUUUUUUUAAAAUUUCUGUUGUUUUGUAGGACAAUGUAAUCAUCCAACCAGGUUAGUGCUUCGUCUGAUUAUUAUUAUUAUUACUGUGUAAUCAUCCAAAGAUUGUGUAAUUGUGUCUGAAUAAACUUAGUAAGGCAUAUAAAUGUUCAUUGUCUUAAUUAUUGCAGAAAAUAACAUUAGUUCAACAAACGAAAGUUCAUGAAACCUUUUCAGUAAAAACCUUAUGAAGAGGUUUGAAACAGAAGAGAAAACAUUACAUUGUUCCAUGACAAAAAUCCUUUAAAUUAACUUUAAAACUAACUUAUCAGUGUUUAGUUUUAAAAGGACUUUUGUAAAAUCAACCGUAGCAAUGUAUAUGAAAGGUCAUGUGGAAGAUAAACCAUAUCAGUGUUCACAAUGUCAAAAAGAAUUUUCAGUUAAACAAGCUCUAGUAAACCACAAGAGAGUUCACAUGUUAGGUAAACCAUAUCAGUGUUCAGUGUGUCAAGAAGAAUUUUCAUCCAAACAAGCCCUGGUAAACCAUUUAAGAGCUCACGAUGAAGAAAGACCUUAUCAGUGCUCCUUGUGUCCUAAAGACUUUACGGUGAAAUCAUCUCUGGUGAACCAUAUGAAAGUUCACACAAGAGAGAAACCGUACCAGUGCUCGGUGUGUUAUAAAGACUUUUUAGAAAACUCGUCUCUAUUAAAACACAUGCGAAUUCACACAGGAGAGAAACCACAUCAGUGUCCUGAUUGUCUAAAAGAUUUUUCAGAAAAAUCAUCUUUAAUACAACAUAUGCGAAUUCAUACGGGAGAGAAACCAUAUCAUUGCACAGAGUGUCUAAAAGACUUUUCUGUGAAAUCAGCUCUAGUAAACCAUAUGAGAAUUCAUACGGGAGAAAAACCAUAUCAGUGUUCGAUUUGUUUAAUGACUUUCACACAAAAUUCAAAUCUAGUGCUACAUACGAGAGUUCAUACAGGAGAAAAACCAUUUCAGUGUUCAGAGUGUCUUAAAGACUUCACUGUGAAAGCAUCUUUGGUAAAACACAUGAGAAUUCACACAGGAGAGAAACCAUAUAGAUGUUCAGUUUGUCCAAAAGAAUUUUCCAGGAGAUCAUAUCUGGUAAUACAUAUGAGAAUUCAUACAGGUGAAAAACCAUACCAGUGUUCAGAAUGUUCAAAAGAUUUCAAACAAAGUUCACAGCUAAUACAACACAUGAGAAUACAUACAGGCGAGAAACCAUAUUCUUGUACGUUAUGUCCAAAGGAUUUCUCAAUAAAAUCAGCUUUAGUACUUCAUAUGAGAGUUCAUACUGGAGAAAAACCCUUUCAGUGUUCAAUAUGCCUCAAUGUCUUUUCCUUAAAGUCAUCUCUCGUUAAACACAUGAGACUUCAUAAGGACAUGAAAUCGUUCAAGGGUUCAAAAUCUUUAAAAGACUUUCGACAAAACUCAAAUGUUGUGCAAGAUAUAUGAGUUCAUCCCUCCUUCCUGGUCACAGACCAGGUCGCGGGGACGUUGACCCCCAAAACCCUCAACGGGUAAUUAUCAAGGUAAAAUUUAUUUUUGGUACAAAAUUCAUAACUACCACAGUUUAUACAUGAGAAAAUAUGCAUAGGUUAUGCAUGAUAUAAACAAAAUUCAUGAUUUAUGUAUUUAUGAGAAAAGCAAAUUUCACAGCCAGCAUAGUUUUUUCACAACAAUAUUUACAGGUAACAGUUUAUACAAAAAUGAAACUCAUGGUUUACAUACAAGAAAAACAAAAUUCAAAGGUAGCAAGCAUAAUUUGCAAACAAGAGAAACAGAAUUCACAAGUAGCACGAUUUAUACAUGAGAAAAAAUAUGCAGUUUAUAUGUGAGAAAAGUAAAACACACCAUUUAUGUAUGAAACAAAAUACAGUGGAACCUCGGCUUACGAGUGCCCCACCAUACGAGUUUUUCAGGAUAUGAGCAGUCUCUCGGUCAAUUUUUUGUUUCUGGAUACGAACAAAAAUUCAGGAUGUGAGCUUCUCCCUCAAACAACUUUUUUUUUUUAGACCUCCAGAUCUUACGAAAAUAAAAGUGAAUAUAUAAUUUUAGUUCAUUGUCGUGAUGUAUUAUGUAGUUUUAACUGCUUAAGACUAUAACUGCAACAGAAAUAAUAGUACAGUGGAACCUCAAAUAUCGAACUGCUCUCAACCAAUUAUGUAAGUGUAUUUUUGUAAGUGCUUUUUUAAGUGUAUUUUUGAGGGUCUGAUAUGAACUAAACUAAUUUACAUUAUUCCUGAUGAGAAUAAAUUCAUUCGGUAACGGCACUCGAACAGCCGUCCGGAAUGAAGAAAGUUCGAUAUUUGAGGUUCCACUGUAUUUCUUACCUUAAAUUGUGGGUGCUGGUGUUUGUGGAUGAUUGUGAAGAGAGUGGAGAGUUAUGUUGUGGUCCUACUGGUCUGAGGUGGAUGGUAGAUGUACUGAAGUCGAUGGUUGUACUGGAGUGUGCAUAAAUUCUGUAAUGGAUUUCUGUUCUAUUUUACCCUGCAGUACAUUAUACAACUGACGGUAAGGCAUCAGCUGCUCUAGACACCGUUGCAGGGUCAGUCAAGUCAGUAAGUCAGUCAGUUAAGUCAGUAAGUCAUUCAGUCAAGUCAGUAAGUCAGUCAGCUAAGUCAGUCAGUCAAUUAAGUCAGUCAGUCAAGUCAGUCAUUUGAGUCAGUAAGUCAUUCAGUCAAGUCAGUAAGUCAGAUAUGGUAAUUAAAAGAUCAAAACACAAUUCACAAACACAGCUAGCUUGUAGGAGAGAAGUGGAACUGAACACUAUUAUUCACGAAAGCUGGGAUGGUGGUGUCAGGGAAUGGUGGGAGGCCUCCCCCGCUCACCCACAACAAGGCGGCUUGAGGUAGGGAAUGGCCGCCACCCCUUGUCACAUACAUGUAGAGACAUAGUGUUUUAUUCAUUCUAGAGCAUAUACAUGUAUCAAGUUUUUAUAUUAUUUAUAUUGUUUAUUAUGUCAUAUUAGAUGAAUUGUGAUAGGUAAAUAAGCUAUAGUUGAUAUUACAAAAAAUAUUGAAGUAGUAUUUUGUUAUGCCUCCUGAGAGCCAGAACAGAUUAAUUGCAUUUCGAUUAAUUUGAAUGAGGAAAAUUGACUUAGCAUACGAGCAAAUCGGGAUAUGAGCAAGGUCACGGAACAGAUUAAGUAAGUUGAAGUUCCACAGUACACAGUUUAUACAUGAGAAAGUAAAUACAAUGGACCCUUGGAUAUCGUAGUCGUUGGAUUUCAUAAUACUGUAUUCGGUAAUUAUAAUCGUUUUUUCGUCAAAAUAUUGGCUCGGUGAUCAUCAUUUACCUCGGUGAUUGUCAUUUGUCCCAAACACGUACGAGCGGCCCCAACAUGGCCACAGUCAAUGUGCCAUUGUUUAUCAGCGAGUGAGCACGAUCCCAUGCGUUCAUACGAUACAUUUCGUAAUAUUACAGUUUGCUUUAGUGCUUGCAACUGCUAAAUAAGCCACCAUGGGUUCAAAGAAAGCUAGUGCCAACCCUUUGGUUCAGAAGGUGACAAACACGAUAGAAUUAAGAAGAAGAUUGUAGAAAAAUGCGAGGGUGGUAGUGAUGGUGGUAGUAAUGGAGAUUUGUGCAAUGUGGAGAAGGAUGGAAAGAUUUCUGGAGGAACAUCACCCUAAGAAAGCAGUUGCAAGCCGUGUCAGCAACAUGUACAGUGACAAUGUCUUGUCCCAUUUUAGGGAAAUUUUAAAGAGAUGCCAGAAACAGAACUCUCUGGACAGAUACUUAGUACCACAGGUGUGCAAUGACUCUCAAGCUGGUCCUAGUGGCAUUAAAAACAAAGAAGGGAAGUAACCCUGGGAAAGGACUUAAUACCUGAAGUUUUUAUGGGAGGGAAUUCCCCUUCCAAACAAUAGUAACUCCUCCAUCCUCUCCCCCCCUACCGUCUUCCAUCCUCUCCCCUCCUACCAUCUUCCAUACAUCAACAAGUCUUCAAUAAAGGUAAGUGUCAUGUUAUUAUUGUUUUAUUCUUCAUAUCUCAUUGUUUUCUGUGUAGGCAAAUGUAUAUUUCAAGUAAAAACUUUUGGGUGUCUGGAAUGGAUUAAUUGGAUUUGCACUAUUUCUUAUAGGGGAAUGAAUUCGGAUAUCAUCAAAUUCGGCUUUAGUCACACUCUCUGGAAUGGAUUAAUUACGAUAACUGGGAGUCCACUGUAUACAGUUUAUACAUGAGAAACAAAAUACACUGUUUAUACAUAAAACAAAAUACAUUGUUUAUAACUCAAGAAAUCGUAAUGACACAGUUGGAGUUUUACGGCUUACUCACCAUGAGUUUAACCCUUUCAGGGUCCAAGGCCAAAAUCUGAAGUCACGCACCAGUGUCCAAGAAAUUUAAAAAAAAAAAAAUUAUUUUUUCUUACAGAAUUAAAGAGCAUAUUUUUGUGAAGGUAAUAAAACAAAAAAAAAAUAGAAUCUGAUCAGUACUUACCGAGAUACAGUGCCAAGAAGUUUAUGCAAAAUUAUGUGGUGGUGGCAACAUCGACGAAUUCCACAUACGCGUAUUAUAUUAUUUUGUUGUUUUAGUUGUUUUUUCUUUUCUUUUCCAAUUUUUUUUCUAUUCCUACUAACAUUUGGGGCCUGAGAGACCAAUACUGUAUGUAAUUGAUAUAUAUAAACUCACUGUAUUGAACACAAUAACCGCACUAAAGUUAUUAUCAUAUUAUUGUUUACCACUGUUGUUUAUUACAAUAAACAUGCACAAAUAUUGUAUAAUACUAAUGUUCUAUCAUAUAUUUACAUAUUUACAAUCACUGGACAUGGUUUUAGAACUGCUGGAGCUUGUGGAACUCCUUGAAACAAGGCACCAUGCACAGAGGCACCUUACAUUCCUCACACAUAAACCGAGUGUCUUUGCGUCUUUGUUGCCGUCGUUUUGUUUGUGCACAGACAAUGCAUCUCUUCUGAGCAAAUUUCUUUUGAGUUGAAGGAAGCUGUAUUAUGAAAUGAUCACCUUCUCUCCUCAAACGCUUGGGUAUAUCGUGAUGAAUUCGAGGACCAUGUUGUAUUGCAGGUGUUGUUACCUGGUACUUCAUUAUGAGUUGUCUGACAACAGACAAACAAAAUUCACCAUACGGUGGUCUGUUACCAGUCUUUAUUUGGUACAUAUUAUAUGCAUUCAGCAUUGAAAUGUCCAUGAGAUGGAAGAAAAGUUUCAUAUACCACUUGUAACUCUUACGAACACAGUCAACAAAACCAAUCUGCAUGUCACACUUGUCAACCAAGCGCAUGUUUUGUGUAUAAUCAAUCACUGACACUGGUUUUCGAAUACGUUCAUUAGUCACUCGAUCAACUUUGCCACUGUCUUGCAUUUCAUUACGGUGAAUGGUUGUCAACAAUGUGACAUCUCGUUUGUCAUGCCACCGUAAUGCCAUGAUGUCAUUGGCAGUAAACACCUGCACGUCAUCACCACGAACACCUGCAUUGAGCCUGGGCAUAUGUUUACGAUUAGAAUGCACUGUGCCACACACAUCUGUCUUGUUCACUCGCAUGAAAUCACUGAGUAAUGGGCUUGUGUACCAGUUAUCGGUAUAUAAUGUAUGGCCCUUACCAAGAUAAGGUGCCAUCAUGUUUCUCACUACAUCACCUGAGAUACCCAAUAACAUCUUGGUAUCUUUCAAUGUUUUACUACCCGUGUAUACAACAAUAUCCAACACCAGGCCACUGUCACAAUCACACAGUACAAACAAUUUUAUACCAAAGCGGUUCCUCUUGCUCGGUAUAUACUGCUUGAAUGACAGUCUACCUUUGAACAAAAUCAAAGACUCGUCAAUUACAAGAUUCUUGAAUGGAUAAAAGUAUAUCCUGAACUUUUGUUUGAGAUACAUGAAAACAUUUCUAAUCUUGUAUAACCUGUCACUUCUGUCAGGCCUGGUUUUGUCAGAGAAGUGCAACAUACGUAACAGUAA